AAGAUAUUUUUUUAUUACUGAUCCUGUACAACUGAUCAUGUUUUAGCACAGUAGAUCAAAACUAGGAAUACUAGGAUUCCUUGAGGUAUGACAAGACUACCGGUAAAAUGAAAAUUAAGUGGUACUUCAGUGUUACACCCUGCAGAGCAAAAUUCAUUUUGUGGUAAAGUAAUCAAAAAAGCAGGGAACCACUUAUAUAGGAUAUGGUAUAAUGUCUGUAUGUAUCAUUCAUUCAUUUAUUCAUUAAUUCGUCAUUCAUGCAGGAGCAGGCCACAUCCAUAGUUGAUUUAAUAGAGCUGAAGGCUUAUACAUCCCAAUUACUGUAUGACUCAUCUGAUAUUAACCCCACAUUGACUGGGGAAAGCUCUCCAUUCAUAUUCAGGUGUUGACUUGUCUGCUUUACGUUACCGCUUGCGCAGACUAUCCUGUCAGAGGGCGCUGACAUGACCUCAGUUCUAUGAUAUAUAAGUCUUGUACCGACGAUGUUUUGAAGACACUGCUGCAUGUUCAUUGAAAGGAAAAAUAAGUCUAGAAGAGGAUAUCCUUUUCAUUGCAACUUCAAAGAAACAUCGGUCAGAUUUAAACUCAGAUCCAUCCUAAUCUCCUGAGAUGAAGUUAAAUGUCUUCGUUUCCGCUGUGGCUCUACUUGGUGCCUUCCAACCUCGCUAUGAAUGCAGAGCUAUUGAAAACCCCGGAGCGCUCCAUUCAUCCCACAGUCUUCCAGCAGAGCUGCAACAGCAGCUCCCCAUUCUUCUGCGACUAGGAGAGGAAUACUUCAUUCGGCUUGACAACUCCAAUAAAAAUUCGCCCCAUUCCUUCUUGUUGAGUGCGUCUGGAGCUGCAGCUCCCUCGACAACGGCUAACAGGGCUUUACAACUUCAGCUCACGCAACGCAUUCUCCAAGGUAAAGUAGGUGACAUCAAUAGGUUUCUGAACGGCUACGUUUACCAGAUGGAUGAUUCCACGGAGAGAGGAAAGCGGUCCGGGCCAGGCGAGGAGCCACCGAUCUCUUUGGACCUGACCUUCCACUUGCUUAGGGAAGUUCUAGAAAUGGCUCGAGCUGAACAAUUAGCGCAGCAGGCAAACAGUAACCGAAAAAUGAUGGACAUAUUUGGGAAAUGAAGAUAAAAUACAUUUGUAUCAUGUAUUUACAUAUUGAACAAAGUAAUCUGCUAAUCAAUUUCGGUAUUACUCUUGAAUUGGUUGGGUUCGUUAAUAUAAUUUUUACAAAUUAUUUAAACAAGUUGUAAAAUCGAUUUGUAAUUCGCUGUAGGCCUACUGCUAUUGUGUGUUGAGAUAUAGACAUAGCCCAUUUAAAUGCUGUACAUAUAUGCUUUAAUUGUCUUCAUUUAAAUUCAAGCAAAACAUUUUGUAUAUAUCGUUAGUCACACAUCCUCUAUCUGAAAGUCCCUCUCAUUGUACAACUGGUUUAAGUUUGAUAAUAAAAUACAAUCUGAGCAAUCAGUCAUAUUUGUUGUGCAAGAGAAUGUCUAUCUAAUAUCUAUAUUUGUAAUAAAAAAGUUUCCGUGUUACAUUCAUUA